AUGAUCAACAAGGUCACCAAGGUCAAGUCGCUCAAGGAACUUGCCAACGACAAAUACCUUGGGCGUCGGGGCAAUUACCAGGAGUCUCACGGCAAGACGGAUAUUGUGGCCGUAUCAAUGCCCGAGAUCCCGAUGCGCGGCGCCGAAGACCGCUGCGAUACACUUAUCCGUCGCCGCCUCCGAGGAGAGAUCAAGCGCAUCCUCGACAAACUCAAGGAAAACACCCAGUGCACCCUCGAAGAACUUAUCAAGACGGCCGAGGAGUUCAACCUUGAAAUCCCGGACGAGUAUCGCCCGCGCAGCAAGCCUUGGUGGUUCCCGAAGCCGGAUGCUCUUGGUAUGGAGAACCUAGAUAACACUCUCGACCUCGAUGAGGUCAUUAGCAACAUGCAUGACUUGACGGCGAGGGCCAAGUAA